AUGGCGGCCAUGUUCAGCCAAAACCCCGUCAUGAACGGACCCAACUACGCUUUCUCAGAUACCCCCAGAGUCAACGCUCCCGAUGGCGCCCGGCAACAUGGUUUCAACCCAUACACCGACAACGGCGGCUCCACCCUCGCCAUUGCAGGCGACGACUUUGCCAUUAUGGCCGGUGAUACGAGAAUGGCAUCAGGAUACAGCAUAAACACCCGCUUCUACCCCAAGGUGUUUAAGAUCGGCGGCACGACGGCCGACAAUUCGGACGCGACGCUUGUGCUUUCGGUGGUCGGCUUCGCCGCCGACGGCGAGGCCCUCAAGGAGCGCCUCGAUGCUAUUUGCAAGAUCUACCGCUACCGCCACGGUAAGCCUAUGACGGUCAAGGCUUGCGCGAAGCGCCUGUCUACUAUUCUGUACCAGAAGCGCUUUUUCCCGUAUUACACCCACGCCAUCCUCGCGGGCAUCGACGAGGACGGCCACGGUGCCGUCUACAGCUACGAUCCCGUCGGCAGCUACGAGCGAGAGCAGUGCCGCGCGGGAGGCGCCGCCGCGAGCCUCAUCAUGCCCUUCCUUGACAACCAAGUCAACUUUAAGAACCAGUACAUUCCCGGCAGCGGCACCGGUCACGACCUGCAGGAGCGGGAGAGGAAGCCCCUCCCCAGGGAGAAGGUCGAGACCUUGGUCAAGGAUGCUUUUGAUGGUGCGGUCGAGAGGCACAUCGAGGUCGGUGAUGGUUUGCAGAUGAUGAUUAUCACCAAGGACGGGAUCGAGGAGGUCAUCAUGCCGCUAAAGAAGGAUUAA